ACCUCAGAAACAACUUGCCUUCUGAUUUUGGGGAAUCUUUCUCCUUUCUAGCACUAGCUAAAUAGUUCCCAAGCUUCACGUCCAGGACUGGCUCUAGCUAGGCAUGCCAUUCUGAGCGCUAUAACAACACAAGCUGUUUUACCAUCUUGUGCUCCAUUUCCCACUGUGCAAUGAAUGUAACAGGACCAGGCUCCUAACUGUGCCAUGUCUCAUUGCAUGAACUCACUCCACACCAAGCCCCUUGUCUCAGGACAUCAGCUGCGCUUAGUUACCUGUGAACCGGAGGUGUCUGUUUGCUUUGCAUCUGUGAAAAAUCAAGUCUUAGUCAGUCUCUGCUGCAAUGGGACAGAGCCAAGAUAAAACCCAGCCGUGAAACACUGAAGACUGGACGGUUCAUUUCUAGACCACUCAGUGCUUGCAGGUAAGACGUGAACCCAGGCAGGGAGGGAGUGAACUGAUGGGCUGCAGAGAAGACCCUGGCAUCAUUGCCAGGGAGGCUGCGUGGAAGGAUGGCAAGGAGGCUGGAUCUGUAUAACUGGAAGGAAGAGGACUGGGCAGUGUUGCACAUGGCAGUUACCAAGGACAGCUUUGAGUAUGCCGAAUGGUCUGGGCAUGCACCUUUUUGGCACAAGAGUGGGACAUCCAGGUCACACGUCUGCCCUCCGUGAUGAUGAGUUCCCUCAGGCUAGCUGGCCCAGGGAGGGAGUUGCAGGACAAUUCUCUCCACUGAGGCAAGAGGCUUGUCCUCAAGAGCACCCCUCCCUGGCACUCCCAAGACUCUUAUGCACUAGUGCAUAUCAAAUGCUCCCCAAGAAACUAGCCAGACCUGUUUGCUGUCAGCCCGGGGAGGAGAAAAGAGGAGAGGAGUGUCAGUCUCUGGGAGGGUUCAGGCAGGACCCAGAGGGACCAGAGCACUGAGCCCAAGCCAUCAUCUCCACGGUAGCUCAGGGGCACAAGGCAGAGAGAAACCGCUGGACCAGCCAAAGCCACGAUGACGGCACUUCGGGUUUUGCUGCUGUUGCUGCUGACAGACAUCUCCCAAGAAAUCACUAAGAAGCCUUCCCUUGCUGGCCCAGAACUGGAAGGAAGGAUCACCGCCUCCACCUUUGUCCUCAAGCAGCCUCGCUGUAUCUUUGAUGUGUACACCAGCCACACCGAUGAGAUCUGGCUGGUGGUUGCCCUCACUAGUGAGAGAUCAAAAUUUGUCAACCCAGGACCCCUCCAGAGCCUGCCAGCCUAUCAGGAUUUCCCCGCAAACAUUUCAUACAUGACCCUGAACACUGCCCGGCUCAACUACCCCUGCCAGCCAGACUCCAGUGACAUCACUGUGCUGCGUGUGGGGAGCGAGACCAGCUGUAUGAAGGACAGAUCCAGGCCCAAUUGUAACGGUCCCCUACCAGCCCCAGGACCCUACAGUGUGAAGUUUCUUGCAAUGGAUAAUUCUCAGCCCAAGGCUGAGACAGAGUGGCUAGACGACAUCACACUGAAGACAGCACAAGACCCCAGCACCAUCGACCCCCAGCCCAGGAGGCGCAGCGCCAGCAUGAUUGUUAUCACGACCAUUUUGUCCAUCCUGUUGGCCAUCCUGCUGGCCUGCUUCAUCGCCAUGCUGAUCUACGUAUGUACGGAUAUUUGCGGAAGCAGUGAGAUAUACAACAAGGAGUCCCCUGUGGCAGUGACACGCUACAAUACUCAUCAUGUAUACAGCCAGCCUGAGAACAGGCCCUGAGCCCCGCCACCACCACCAGGCAGCAGAACCUCUCAGCUCCUGGACAGCGCCUGGGAAACAGCAGCACCCCCUGCUGCUCCGCUUUCGGAGGCUGUUGGGGUUGGGGAGCCAGGGGGCUCCUCCUUUUGGGACACCUUCUCUGUUGAUUGCUCCUGUCCCUCUGAUGCAUUUACUCCGUGCUCCAGGGAUGAUGGAUUUAGCUAACACCCCUCCCCUGCUCCUGCCAGGCUGUCCCUCCUGCCCUGCUUCCUCCCCCAGCUACACUCAGCCAUGACUUAGGAGAGAGAAGUCUUAUGUCUCUGACUCAAACAUGACCAGAACGAGGCCCAAACCCUGUGACAGGGCACACCCAGCCCUUAGCUCAAACAUCCCCUGAAUGCCAUGGCUGGGGGUAGAAAUCUACAUCCAUCCUGGAGCUGGGACCACCCCUUGGAAGUUGGCAUUUCUGGGGUACAGGAUGCAUACUCUACUCUUAACAGGAUGGGAUGAUGGUGUUUCCUUGCAAUCAUCCAGACCUUCCAUGGAUAUGGCUGAGGUGGAGGUGCUGGGGUCAAGGCUCUCUGCAGCCACCCACUCAGACAGACACACAGCCUGACUUUCCUGCAGAAGUAGCAGUCCCCAUCCUGGCCCCCUUGGAUGUCAACUUCUCCCAGACCCCACAGCUCCAUCCCUUGCAUGGCCAGAGAAGUCACUGGCGGGUGGCCUGAUGCACUCCUUGUACACCACCCUAUAUAAUCCCCUUCUGGACUGCCCCAGUAGCCUAAGCACAGGACUAAUUCUAAGCAUGUACUUGAGCACUAGGCAAGAUAGCAUCUGUGGGCUUUGCUGGUUAGAUCAGCAAGACACCAUGGGCAAGGAAGACCAUUUGCUCAGGGCCCCCAUGCUUCAUGUAUGUCAGCUAAAGAGCCAUCCCAGUCCCUUGCCUACCUCAGUCCCAUCUGAUCCCAGGGAACCACAGGAGGGAGAAUGUUCUGUGGAUGCUCUGAUGUCUGCUAAGAGACAUGAUGUGCUAUCCGGUUUGAUGAAUCUGUUGUGAUCCAGCAGCAGCAGGAGCUCUGCUCUGAGAUAAAGCUUUCCUGGCAAAGCUCCAGGCAAGAGUUGGGUGUCAUUCAUGGCAGGCAUUAAGCAACCCAAUGGAGCACUGGUAUUAAAGGCAUGAGACUUCUCUGGGUGUAGAUCUUCUAGGAGUAAGAGCUGGGCUAGGUUUGCGUGAGCUGGAUGUUGGCAGCAGUUGCAAGGGCCCCUGGAGAAAGGACUGGGGUUCUCAAACAAGCCUGAUGAAUUUAGAUGCCCGCUUCCCUGGAACUGCAGUGGCAAUCCUAGCCUGACAUGUAGAACAGUGUUCCCAGGCAGUGCCCCAGCAAACAGCAACCCUGUGCUUCCCCCCGUCUGUGCACCAGUAACAACAUGGCAUGUAUCUAUUUGCCGUUUGCUUUUUAAUUUUCAAAAUACCCAUUAAAACUGACUUGCAUGAAGCUAA